AUGGAUACUAUCAAUGUACAUCCAGUAGGAGGGGACUCCGCAUCUCAAAUUUCCACAGAGUCCCCCAUCUCCGACAAGAAGGCUGCAGAUGUUGAAAUUGAAGCCAUCGAUUCAAAUGAUUUCCAAGAUAUCUCUGACGAGAAAAUCAUUGUACCAGGGGAAAAUGAUGUCUUUAUAGAUUCUCGUCUCAAAGAUUAUCCUAUUCCAUUGGUGGCCAAGACAGUUGACUUGCAUAGUGAUCCUAGAUGGAAACCUCAAUGGAAGGUUGAAGAGAGAUUUAACCCGACAUUGAUUUGUUUUGGAGCUACCUGGUUCCCAGUUUAUCAAACUACAAAUCUGAUGACUAGCGCCGCUGUUUCAACUUUCUUUAUGGGCUACGUCUAUCGCUACCAUCCCGUCUGGUUCAGAAAGUACAAUUACCUUCUAGGAGUUGGUCUAGACUGUGGCACACAACUGAUGCAAACAGUUAUGGUAUUUCGUCUUAAUCUUCCUAAUGCGGCAUUUCCAAAUUGGUGGGGAAAUAAUGCAAUGGCUAUUGAUAGAUGUUUUGCACCAGAAAAUAUUCCAGUCAAUGCCGUGGGAUGA